AUGAUUGGGUGUUUUAUUACCAGAGGACUUGUGUUGGUGUUGGGUUAUGCUUAUCCUGCUUACGAAUGCUUUAAAACUGUGGAAAUGAACAAGCCUGAGAUCGAGCAACUUCGGUUUUGGUGCCAGUAUUGGAUCUUGGUUGCUGGGUUGACAGUUUGUGAGAGGAUUGGCGACAUGUUUAUUGGGUGGGUUCCAAUGUACAGUGAAGCUAAGUUGGCCUUCUUUAUAUUCCUGUGGUACCCUAAAACUAAGGGAACAAAAUAUGUUUAUGACUCAUUCUUUAGACCAUAUGUUGCCAAGCAUGAGACAGAAAUAGAUCGCAAUUUGUUCGAACUGAGGACAAGAGCUGGAGAUAUGGCAUUUUUGUACUGGCAAAAGGCUGCAAGCUAUGGUCAGAGUAGAAUAUUUGAGAUUUUACAAUAUGUUUCUUCACAAUCAACCCCUCCUCGUCCUUCUCAGACUGAACAUCAAGGUGCUAAGAUUGGACACCCGACAUCACCAAAUCGCAGAUCAACUGCUAUAACACAGCCGCAGAACUUAGAACCCCCUUCUCCUACUGUUAGUACGUCUUCAAGUAGGCUCCAAGAAGAUGUGGUAGAAGAGGCAGGGCCUUCAGCAACUUCCACAGAAGCUACAUCCUUGGACAGACCAAAAUCAUCAUCUGCGCAGCCCCUUGUCAAGACCAGCAAAAAUUUGAAUUCUAGAGAGGAGAAAGUGAUGCUAACUAAUUCAGUGCCUCCUUCAGCAAGUGAUAAUGUUCAACCUCCUCAAAAAGACAACACUAUAGAAGAAUCCAAGCGAGCCACAGGAGCAAGACUGAGGAAAACACGCACUCGAUAG